GUUAACAUCGGUUACAAUUAUUCUAUCGUCCGGUUAGUUCGACAAAAAUAUGUUUCGGAAUAUAAAAGCUAAAUUAUUUUCUAAGUAUUUAUUUUAUACUAAUACAGCGUCGUGCGGGAUAUUGUUAGCAACGGGAGAUAUAAUUGAACAAAGAAUAGAAAUGAGAAAAUCUCAUAAAUUGCACGAUUGGAGACGGACUUCUAGAAUGUUUACUGUCGGAUUUUGUAUUGGUCCAUUUAAUCAUUUAUGGUACACAAAUUUAGACAGAUGGAUGCCUGGUACUAGUCGUAAAAUUAUUUUAAAAAAAUUAUUAGCUGAUCAAAUCCUUGCUGCACCUAUAUUUUGUUUUAUAUUUUUUAUGGGAAUGGGCUUAUUAGAAAAGAAAAGACUAGAACCAAUAUAUAGUGAAUGGGUUCAGAAAUUUCCCUUUAUAUAUCUUAUGGAUUGUAUAUUUUGGCCACCUGUACAAGUUGUUAAUUUUUCAUAUGUUCCAACAAAAUACAGGGUGAUGUAUGUUAAUUCUUUUACCCUUCUUUGGGAUACAUUUUUAUCAUUUUCAAAACAUACUUUAUGAAACAACCAUGUCUAAUAUUCCAAAUAUAACUAGAUCAUAAAUUAAUUUUCAAUGCAAUAUAGAACUUAACUGUUUUAUAGUAUUUGUGAUAUAAAUAUAUUAUUUUGAAAUUAUUUUUGAUAUUUUUAUUAUAUGAAUUUAAUUAUUUUUAUAUUAUUUGCUAGAAAAAUAAUCAUGUAAUUACAGACAUAAUACUCUUCAUAAAUAACUUAUUUAAAAUCUAU